AUGAACCGUGGUACAAGUGGCACAUAUGAUCCAGAAGAGGAGGCGCGCAUAGCUGAGUGGAACAGCGCGUACAGCAGAGAUGACGCGAAUGCCGGGUAUUCCCAAACUAAGACCUGUCCCGAUCACCGCAUAGUUCCACGGCUUUGUGAAGAGAAGCUCAAGGGCGUUCCCGUAAGCGCGGAGCUUACAGAAGCUGAGAAGAAUCGCGCUGCUCGACCGUCCGAAGGCCUGAUAGCUGCACCUUGUCGAUUCCAGAAACCUUUGUAUAUUUGUACAUGCCUGUGGUGCUCGGUGCCACAGUGCACGCCUGGGGAGGGCGGCGGAGAGAAUUUGGCGGACGAAUGCUCUGUCGAAGUUGUUCAACGAACAUAUGAACUCCACAGAAUCGAAAUAAGCAUUCUUGAAGUCAACAACGUUGACUUGGCGGUGCUGGAGGAGGUUUCGAAAGUUUGGAUGACGAAGGUCAAAGAUGAGGAGCGCGAGAGGGAGCUACGUGCUCUAUCAGACACAGAGAGGCUAUUGGUACAUUCCCUCUCGCGCUCUGGUCCAAAUGGAAGCUCAUCCUCCAACAUGACGAGCACAAUCCUGGUCCAUCCAAGGGCUACGGAUUUGUACAAUUCGUCGACCCCAGUAACGCCAAAGUUUCGCUCUGUGUUGUUCAACGAACAUAAGAACUCCAUCGAAUCGAAAUAAGCAUUCUUGAAGUCAACACCGUUGACUUGGCGGCGCUGGCGGAGGUCCAUCCAAAGGGUACGGAUUCGUACAGUACGCCUCUUAUCCCCGGCUCUUACC